UUAGAGAAGUCUCAUUGGUCCGUCAUCUUCUAGCUGACGACGAUUCGAGAUCAUCAGACCCAGGAUAGGAUGAAUGCACAUCAUCACCAUCGAUUUUAUUAGCUUCUUCUCCUACGGCUUUGUCAUGAUUCGUGCUCUCCAUCUCAAGCAUGUAUACAUAUGCUUCCUUAUUUCUUUCGCAUUCUUCAUCGACCCCUCCUCGCAGCAUGUCAAGAAGAUACAAAUGCGAGAGAAAGUCCGCGAGAUGUUCUAUCAUGCGUAUGACAACUACAUGACUUACGCAUUUCCGCAUGAUGAGUUAAAGCCAAUUACAAAAAGUUUCACAGACUCCCUCAGUGAGCUUGGCAAUCUCAAGCUUGAACACCUGCCGGCAGAUUAUAAUGGAUCAGCUGUUACACUUGUUGAAUCUUUGUCCAGCCUUGCUAUAUUGGGGAACAGUACAGAAUUUGAAAAGAGGGUUCUCUGGCUCUCAGAGAAUCUAACAUUCGAUGUUGAUGUACGGGUCAACCUUUUUGAGUGCAAUAUAAGACUUCUUGGAGGACUUAUCUCUGCUCAUCUUCUUGCAAUUGAUUCAACUAAUAGGUUGAUCCAGGGCUCCUACAACAAUCAGCUUCUUCGUUUAGCCGAAGACCUUGGAAACCGCUUUUUGCCAGCGUUCGAAACACCCACAGGAUUACCUUAUGCAUGGAUUAACUUUAAGAACGGAGUAAUGGAGAAUGAGACAACUGAAACAAGCACUUCAGGAUGUGGUUCUCUCAUUCUUGAAAUGGGAGCAUUGUCACGGCUCACUGGUGACCCUAGAUUUGAAUCAGUUGCACUUCGUGCGCUUCGUCAGCUAUGGAGGAUGCGCAGUUCGUUAGAUCUGCUUGGGACAACAUUAGAUGUGGUAACUGGGGAAUGGCUAGAGUAUUCCUCCGGUAUUGGAGCUGGAGUUGACUCUUUCUAUGAAUACCUCAUGAAGGCUUAUAUUCUUUUUGGAAAGGAAGAUUACUGGCGAAUGUUUCGUUCGGCGUAUCUGGCAUCUCAAAAGUACUUCAGAUAUGGGCCUUGGUACCAUGAAGCUAAUAUGUGGAGUGGGAAACCAACUUAUUGGCAGCUCACAAGUCUGCAGGCGUUUUGGCCUGGUCUACAGGUUCUUGUUGGGGAUGUCGCAGCUGCAAAUUCAUUGCACCGGGAGUUUUUCCAUGCAUGGGAGAAGUUUGGUGUUAUACCUGAAAGGUAUCUACUGGAUCAUCAAAUGAUACAUCCUACUGAGAGGUACUAUCCACUGCGUCCUGAAUUAGCAGAGUCCACGUUCUACCUAUACCAAGCUACAAAAGAUCCAUGGUACCUAGAUGUUGGUGAAGCAAUGGUGAAAUCUCUUAAUCGGUAUACGAAGGUGGCAGGGGGUUUUGCAAGUGUUAGAGAUGUGACGACCAUGCAACUGGAAGAUCACCAGCACAGUUUCUUUCUCGCUGAAACGUGCAAGUACUUAUAUCUCCUCUUCGAUGAUUCAUUUGUGGCGAAAAGAAAUUAUGUAUUCACAACCGAGGGCCAUCCUAUACAUGUUAUGAGCUCCUGGCAUGAGAAACUACCAGAAAGUUAUUUCUCUGGCAACUGGACGGUUUCAAAGAGUGGAGAAUGGGAAAGUGGAGCAAGUGCAUUGUCAAUGAAAGUCUGUCCAUCGAUAGCUCCAAACUCUAGAUUUACUGAGCAACAUAGAGAGAGUGUUUGCCAUGUUCCUGACCAGAAAAUAGAUCAUAGGUGUUGGAGCAACAGAGAGUGUGGAGUUGACGCCACUACUUGUAGACAAAGAUCCUGCAGCGAAGCUGGAUUCUGCGGCUUGUGGUAGGAAACCCCUUAUAAGUUAUACAUACAACUUUUCUGACUUAAAAAACAGAAUACCAGAAGUGGGGUUUAUGAAUAGACACUGUAAAGUAAUUCGGAAAGACAAGUUUUGUUGGACAGGAAAAUAUAGAGUUGUUGUAUCACUGUCUAAUGUAUCAUCAGAUCUUGACAUGCUUUUUAUGUCUUUUUCAAUUCGCCUACUGAUUAACAUAGAA